AGAGGCCCGACGAACACAAGAUUCCUCCGCCCCCAGUUGUCCCACCUGUCACGUCUCUAUCGCCGCCUACCGCUGCCUCGCCCUUCCCCGCUGACGCCAUGGCCACCUCCGCCGCUGCCGCCGCCUCGUCUCCUUCCUCCGACCAACCUCCCGCGAACAAGGCGGUCCACGUGGUGGUCAAGGGCCGGGUCCAGGGCGUGGGCUUCCGCGACUGGACGGCCGAGACGGCGGAGUCCCUCGGCCUCGCCGGCUGGGUCCGCAACAACCGCCGCGACGGCACCGUGGAGGCCCUCCUCUCCGGCGACCCUGCCAAGGUCGACGAGAUGGUCAUCCGCCGCCUCCCCGUCGGCCCUCCUGCCGCCGCCGUCACCGCCGUCGUCACAUCCCCAGCCGACCACAUCCACCCCUCCCUCGGCUUCGAAAUCAAGCUCACCGUCUGAUCGGGUGACCCCGGCGUUCGAUCGACCACAGCCAGCGGGUUCUGCACGGCUUGUGCUCAACUGCCGAUGGUUAGUGCCACCAACCUAAUUCCAUAUCUGACCUCUUGUUCUGCAGCAUCUGCACUACUGCAUUUCUUAGGCAAACUGUUAUAAGAGAACUAUUGUGGUCAAUGCGCACAACAAUGGCUUUAUUCGAUCAGUCCACAUGGUGGCAAUUAGGAUCAAAGGUCAUGUCCAAGACUGUGUUGCUAUGUAUUGUACUCGGUAUAGUUCUUGAAUAAUAUAGCACUGCUGAAUUUUGAUUUA